AUGGUAUCUGCCAGUCGUGUUCACUUCCUCCUCUACGGCGUCGGCUGCCUCUGGUCCCUUCUCGUCUGGACCGUCGCUGCUGGCCUUGUAGGCAAGUGGAACUCUGACACCGGUGGUUACGGGCGCUUCUACACCUUUGACAGCGCCAACGCCGUUCUCGCUUGGGGUCUCCUCACCUGGCUGUACUACACCGCAGCCCUCUGCAUCCUCAUGUUCGUCUCGCCCGCUAACCCCGCCAUCUGCAUCAUUGCCGAUGUGGCCUUCCUGACCUUCUUCUUCAUCUUUGGCCUCGGUGCAGUCGGCUCGCUUUCCAGCGUCGCCGAGGGCUUCCGGGUUCUCAGCGGCUUUGACGGCACCAAGGGCAUUGGCAGCCUCGGCCAGGCCACCCUCGCCCUCGGCUGGCUCCUCGUCUUCAUCAUCCUCGGCACGCUCAUCUACGAGAUCUACUACGUCCUCCGCAACUAUGGCAAGGACAUGUCCGUCUGGCGCCAGUCGUUCCACGACCUCACCACCGACGGUGUGCCCCGGUCCGAGAAGCCCGUUGCGCCCCCUGUUGCCUCGUCGGCCGUUUAA